AUGAAUGGUCGUCUUGCGCUUUCUGACCCCUCUGUGAAGGAAUUAGCGAAGGCUACUUGCUCAAGCACCCAUUACGACAACUUACCAGAGUUACUUGGUGAGGCUAAUUGGCAAGAAUGGAGUGAUGCAUUGCAACACGCUGCCUUGUUGGCGGGCACUGACGCUGUACUGAACGGUGAAUCAAAGCACCCAAUCUCACUGGAGGGCCAGCAAUGUACUACCUCGGAAUGGAAUGACAACAUCAAGCGCACUGCAGUCUGGCGUCGGCGCAAUGAAAGCUUACUCAAGGCUAUGCGCAACGCCUCAGCUGUUGAUCUCACAGCAUUUGAUGGCUCAAACGCGCAUCAAACUUACCUGGGCCUCAAAUUACAGUAUCACACUUCCGACAGCCAAAAGGCGUUCAAGCUGUUCAGCGAAGGACUCAUGGUAAUAUACGAACUGAACAGCUCACCCAGAGAUAUCGCCGAUCAGCUUCAAGAUGCUUUCAACCGAUACAAUCACUUGGUCGGUCACAACACCGAGCAACGUCUUCCGGAUAACUUCUUGAAGAUGGCAUUUCUCGAUUCGCUCGAUUCUGAGUAUGGCGAUUGGCGUAAGACAUUGUUGAAAGAGCGCGACGUUCUUGCACUGGAUGAAGGAUCGACUCUUACCUUCAACGAGCUUGUAAAUUUGACCAUUGCCGAGCGCGACCGCCUGUUACAAGAGCAAACAAACAACAAAACCUCUGUACCAAUAAUAUCACAACGACCGCCAAAGCGCAACAUCUCUGAAGUUGACGAACCUGCUCAGCAGGACGUACACAACCCUUGUUACAGAGCAUCUGCCCAGGACCAGGGAUACUCAGCACAAUAUUCAGAAAUCCAGAACAUGCAUUCUAACGAUAAUUUUUCGGACGACUCGGAGAGCAACGAUGGUAGUGACCCCAUGGCCGAAGAUGGAGCUGAAGAACAAUUUUCUACUAGCAACCAACACUACGCGUCGUCAGGAGAGCAAGCUGGUGAUGACAACCCUGAAUACCGUGCCACAUUCGACAAGAACUGGCAAGAUCUAGUGGUUGCUCAAUACGACGAAGUCCAAGGCCAGAUCGAUGCCAUCAAUCGCGUUCUCAGGAGAAUCGGCAGCUCAAAACGACAACGUCGCAAGCGUGGACCUGUCCUUGAGGAGCUCUCCGGGAAAUGGCUGCUUUACAGCGAGGAGUACAAUCCAGCCAACGCCGGCGCCCUACGGUUCGAGUGCUGGGAGAUCACCUCAAGGAAACAGAAGCGACUGCAUCCAACAAGUCUUCAGUCGGAUCAGAGUACCGACUCAUCUGGUACGAGUGAUAGCGGCGAAUCUGAGGGUAGCGACGACGAUGAAAGCGAUGGUGAAGACAACGACGAUCGAAACGGUGACGAUGAAAGCAGGAGCAGCGACAGCAGCGAUGAUGAAGAACGCUAUGAUCGCGUCAUCAGAACAGACAGACAUGCUAGCGUGGCCAUCAAAGUUGAAGAGAACAACAACACAGAAAGGAUGAGAGAUGCUGAAGGGGUUGUUACAGCUGUGGCUAUCAAAGCUGAACAAUCCGACUCUGAUGAGUCUGCCGAUGAGCAUAUCGACAGUGCGUGA